CAGCAGGAGGAACAGCAGCAACAGGAACAGGAGCGUCAAGAAAUUAACUCCCAGCAGGAGCAGCAGCAGCAGCAACAACAACGGGAACAACAAGGAGAGAGACACAAGAAGCAACUUCACCACGGCCAUCGGACGAUCCCGCAGAGGAAUCUAUACGCACGCCAUGAUGAUGAUGAUCAUCAGCAGCAGCAGCAACAACAGCCACGUCGCAAACACCUCCAGCAGCAGCAUCGUCACGAUCAUCAGCUGCAACAACAGCAGCAGCAGACUCUUAACCAACGUCGUGAGCCGCAGGAGCUCCACCACAAACAACAUCACCACCACCACCAUCACCAAGACCAUCAACAGCAACAACUCGACCAUUAUCAACGGCAUAAUCAUCACGGACACCGUCCCCAUCUGCUGCCUCUGCUGCCUCAUCAUCAACAACUCCAUCACGAUCUUCACCAUCGGGUCGACGGGCCUGGGGGGGAUGGAGUGCAGGGCGCAUGGGAGGAGAGGAGACGACAAGAGGAGAGGCAGCGGCCGAGGUCUCUCUCCACAAGCAGCAGCUCCGGGCUUCCCGCUAAUGCGGUGCCCCCCAAUUCUCCAGCCAGCGAGCUCAGUGAGCCCCGACAGGCUAUUUUACGGACCUAUGAGUCGAGAGGCCACCUCGGUAUGGCGCCCGAGGCUCCGGGAGGUCCCAUGGCCGCGGGGUCGUCCCAAGGUUCUGCUUACACCGGCUCCAUGGGAGGAGGUCACGAGGUGGAGUGCGGGGCCAGUGCAGGAGUCUCGCAGUGCGCCGUCUCCUCCCUUUGCAGUGACUCAGUCUGGCUGGCGUGUGACUGGGAACAACGCCACCGCGAAAUGGCAGCGCGGUGUUCUCCGCGGUUACCCAGGGCACCCCCGCUGCUUUCCACGCUGCAGUACUGCGUGUGAUGUCAUUCCACCGCCGUGACGGUCGCUUUGGUGACGGUGGUGGGCGGUGGUGAUGAUGGAAAUAAAUGAUGCACCGUCGACAAAAAUACAAAUCAGUUUAACACACAGGCUUUCGCGACCAAUAUUAUCCAUGAGAGGUUUUUUGGUUGGAUCGCAUAAAUAUAAAUGCUGUGUCAUUGAACCCUCCACCACCCGACACAGCCA